UUCGCUGCCUUUCUCAUCCAGCCUGUGUGUGUGUGUGUAUGCGUGUGUGCGCCGCAUCCAUACCAAGAUCCCCGCACUCAUUCAGCUCAUGUCCCCGCACCUCCUCGCCGGAUCUCAUUACAUAACCGCCUUAUUUCACAAGCGGGAACCAUCUCACGCCCCGUCGGCGUUUUUAUCGGUUGUUGUUGCUUCAUUCAUCCACCUUGAAGAGCUCCUCUCUGUGCUUCUUCUCUCCCUCAUAAAACCUUCGUGCCAUGCAGGAGGUGUAACCCUCCACCCUUUUCUUCUUUGUGUGCCACGGAAACCCUAAGCCAAGUCGAGCAAAGAUGUCAGGCACUGACUCUUCAUUGCCAACAGACCCGCAGCUGCCUUUGACAUCGCCACGCACUCCCCUGCAGCUUUCCUUUCCUUUCCUGAGGGAAGGCAGCCGUGUUUGGGAGAGGGAGAGGAAGCCACCCCAGCCAGGAGAGCUACCCAGCCCACUGCCGACAAAACGCACCCGUACAUACUCAGCGACAGUACGAGCAAGAUCAGGUCCAGUAUUUAAGGGUGUGUGUAAAAACUUUUCCAGGUCUCAGGGUCAUGGAUUCAUCCGUCCAUCUCACGGAGGAGAGGACAUCUUUGUUCACAUUUCUGACAUUGAAGGGGAGUAUGUGCCUAUGGAAGGAGACGAGGUCACAUACAAGGUGUGUCCAAUCCCUCCCAAGAACCAGAAGAUCCAGGCUGUGGAAGUGGUCAUCACCCACCUAAACCCAGGCACCAAGCACGAGACGUGGUCGGGUCAGAUCAUCAGCUCCUAGACCAGUGCUUUCGGGUACCACCGCUGGAAAAUAAAGUGGAAAAGGGGUUUUCAUUUCAGGUUUUAUGUUUUGUGGGUGUAAGGGAUGGGAAUCUGGCAUGGAGUAAUCUGAGUUUGCUGAGAGGGGAAACAGGACCACAGGUGUCUUGGUGCGGAGGAGGAAGUACACGGUUUGGCUUAGAAAUUAAGCAUUGAAUGUAUCUGUUUGAAUGUUUUUCUGUGAAGGUCAUGGGGUCGUCGUUUGGAUUGAGAUGUUUUAGUUUAAAGCUUGGCGCUUGGAAAGUAACAUUGCAAACAUUUUUUAUUUUACUUUGAUAGGGAGUGUGUUAGCUGGUUUAGAGGAUGUGAUGGUUUAUUUGGGAUGUCGUACAGGCAGAUGAACUAGAAGCCAAAAUGAGUUUAGAUCAAGCAGGAAACAGUUUUGCCACUUUGACUUCCAGUGGAACUCUGUGACUUACAAAUUCAAGUUGGUAGCUUGUUAGUGCUACCUACUUCACUUUCAUGCUGUGCACCUCGUGCUGCCAAAUCUAACAAAGGUAACUCUGUUUUUUUUGUUUAAAUAGUAACAGACAAAGAAACAGUGUUUCAAGGAGAAUAAAAUCUGUAUUUUUUUAUUUUUACACUUUUUUUCCUCUAACAUGACAGGAUCGCAUUCAUAAAUCAAAGCCUUAUUAAGGUUAUUUGCCAGUGAACCACCAACCAACUGUAUUCACACAAGCAGAUUGUAAACUUCUGUUUGUUCUAAAGGCAUUGUGGCCUCAGCUGUUUCAAGCUCGAUUUUGUUCUUUUCCAGUAUUGUAGCACUUUUUCUUAACUAGGUAGGGCUGGAAAUCCAGUAUUACUGUAGCCAGCUCCUAUGACGGUCUUAUGUUUUCUGUGGUGGAGACAGUAUAUCGUUGUGUUGGCCUGCCACUUGAAAACAAGGCCAGAGGGUUUAGGUGCAGGAGAAACGUGGUGAAGGUACGAGGACCUGGGAAAGGGCAGAGGAUGGAGUGAUAGACCUUAGAUCUACACGCGCAGUGACACAGCUAGGAAGGAAGGAAGAUGGAGGUUAAAGUCAGCAGAUUACAAACUACUGAUUUUGAAGGGAAAAAACGACUUAAGGGAGGAUAUUAGUUUGGCUUAAUAGAAGCUUUGGCUAAUUAGCUCAGUUUAACAUAAAAAUUAUUAUAUUUAAUACUCUGAAAACAUUAUGAACCAGAGACUUAGCAGAAUGUCUAUUCUUUAAUUAGUAAAAUAAAACACCUAAGCUAAGCUAACUAGCUGGAAAUCUAAGUUAUGAGAUUCAAAUGGAAAAUGGAAAAAAAAAGCCUUUUCUGAACAUUAGGCACAUUAGUAUAUGCAAAAAUGCACAAGAACUAAAAACAUCUAAUCAUGAACCAGAGCGUGAUUAUGUUGUACAUUUCUUACUUGGUAAAUGAAAACAGCUAAGCUACAGUAAUCAACCGAAGUCAUAGUAUUUUACGCACAACGUCCUAUGGCACUAUAGCAAAAAAAUGUUGCCUAUUCUGGACAUCAGACACAUUAACAUUUACUUGGAGCUCUGUCAGUAUUAUUUUGAACCACAAACAGAGCAUAAUAUUGACUCUUAAUUGGUAAAAGAAAACAGCUAAGCUAAGCUAACUUACCAGCUUUUUACACAGAUGUUGACAUGAGGUUUCACCACAUAUUAAUACCUUUUAAAGGUGUAUAGCCUUGUUAUUUUACCUUUUU